AGUCUGGAUCACUGCUCACUGAGGGAAGUCCUGUUUUAAUAGCAGAAAGCAACAGUUUGCCGAGCUGGUUGCCUCUUUGUGGAUAUCUAUCUUCCACCAGUCUUCCCCUUUUGAAGAGCACAGCAGCACAGUUUGGUGGAGUAAAGAUGUCUCUCCCGUUGGCAGUGGUCAUAUGUCUGUCAGCUAUCCAGCUGUGUUUGGGAGAUCAGCCUGUGGAGGAAGUCAUCCCAACAAAAAAAGUUCCUCUCCUCGGCGGCUGGUUUGAAAGGAGUGUAGACUCAGCUGAGGUUCAGGAGGCAACUCAACAUGCAGUGAAGAUGUUCAACUCAAACUCCAAAGGCAGGAAGAUGUUCAAACUGGUCUCCAUCACUGCUGCCCAAUCUCAGGUGACCAAUGUGAUCAACUACAAGAUCGAUGCAGUCUUGGGAAAAACCAAGUGUCUCAAGGCUGAAAACCACGAAUUGAACAGCUGCAGUCUUGAGAAAAAGCAAGUGAAUUGCCACUUUGUGGUGACUUUCAACCCCCGCAACAACAAACAUGAGCUGCAGCACAACAAAUGCAUGAAAAUUGUGAACAAGCCAACUGAGGAGAACAAGAAUUAACUUUUGGCUCGAUUACUUUUGACUACCUUACUGCAUUUUGAUACAAUGUUGAUGUUUUUUUCUGAGUAAAUAUUUUGCAGCCAAUUUUAAUACCGGACAUGUGAUUUAGUUGAACAUGGACAACUUGUAACAAUGACUUUAUCUCAGCCUCAAUAAAUAAAACGUUUGUAAAA